ACACAGGUAACAAUUAAGUGCCUGCAUCAGCAAAUGCCCCAGAGGUCAGCCGUGUCUUGGUCGACACGCUACAAGAUACUGGGCUCUGGCAAAUAUGUCUCAGACUUCAAGAAGGAGAAGAAGGGUGGCACGCGCUUGUGAUAUAUGCCGUGUGCAAAAGAUCCGCUGCGAUGGUGUUUCGCCUAUAUGUGGCUCGUGUGAGCGACGGAAAGCGCGAUGCUCUUAUAACGGCGAGAAUCCGAAAAAGACCCACGACCGCCGAUAUACUUUUCGACUGAAUGAUCUUGAUUCAAACAACUCAUCUACCAGUGCCCGCCUGCAGCUGCGAAACCAUCCUCAUGGCCGGUUUGCAGAUCGCCAGGCACAGGGAGGAAUCGGAGAUGACAAUGUAUGUAUUGGCCCAGAGCCAGUAUCUCUGCUGGAAUCCGAGCUGCUGCAACCACUCGCCGAGAGCGAAAACGGUACUACAGCAACAGGUAUAAUUGCGGGGCAUGCUAGUCACUCAACCGAGCAAGAUCAGUUCUUCGGAGACUCGUCCAUCGCGUCCUUCUUGAGGCAGAUUCAGGACUCUGCAGAAAACGAAACUGUUCCUUUUUGCUUGCCGAACAUAGCUACAAGGUCAUUUCCUGUGGCGCCAACACCCAAAGCCGUUGACCUACCGCCACGAGAAUUAGCGGAUUACUUGCUAGGCUGCUAUUAUGAUAAAAUUCACAGUCUAUAUCCGUUUUUCCACCAGCCUGCCUUUGCUCGCGCAUAUAGCGCUCUAUGGGCGCCCGGGCCUACAGAGGACGUGGAUGACUUUGAGAAACGAAUAGGAUUAGGAGACUCAAGUGUGCCCUGGCCGAUAUUUCAUGCCGGACUGAACAUCGUCCUAGCACUAGGCUGCCAAUUCUCCUCAUUGGAUAGGAUGACGCGCGAAGCUACCGCGGAUGCCUUCUUCCAGCGCUCCCAGAGGUUCUUAAAUGGCAUCUCCAUGGAUAAAGGAAGUUUAGCGCUUGUCCAGACACUUUUACUGAUGUCAUCUUAUCUGCAAGGAAGCGAGUCCCCGGCACGGUGCUGGAAUACCAUUGGCUUUGCAUGCAGAAUGGCGCAAGCACUCGGAAUGCAUUCCUUGAGUUCGGAUAGAUUUAGAUCAGCGGCGGAAAUCCAAGUCAGAAGACGUGUGUGGCAUGGGUGUAUCAUGCUGGAUCUAGCGAGCAGCAUGAUGUUGGGUCGCCCGCCCAUGAUCCAAGAUUCGGCGGUCCCUCUCCCAGCCGCCGUCGAUGAUGAGGCCCUCGAUCAACCGAACCUAGUUUCCAGAUUGCCACCCACAGCCUUAUCGAGAACAGAAUUUUAUGUGCGCACGUUGCAGCUGUAUAAAAUUCUAAGACAAAUCCUGGCAAGGAUCUUUGCGCCCUGGGAAGGUAGACAGGAGAAUCUAUCCGAGCAGCCUCAGGCUGAAAGCAGCCAAGCUAGAAAUGUGAUGGAGCUAGAAGUAGAUUUAUUGGCUUUUAAGUCAGACCUUCCGGAGCAACUGAACUGGCAAAAUGGAGAAAUACCGGCCAAUACCAGUAAGCAAUAUUCGCGAGAAAGUUGCUUGCUAAGAGCAAGAUUUCUGCAGUAUAGAAUUCUUCUCCUGCGCCCUACCUUGAUCAGGCUCUGUCGGCAAAUUCGCGUCUCGCACGCUUCCUCUCUACCGCAAUCGUCUUUGGAGUUGCCAAGCGAGAUAUUUAUGGAUUUCAGGCUCAGCUGCUCUAUUAAUUGCGUCAAGGCGGCCAUCGAGCUGAUACAUCUUAUGAAUGAUACCUCGACAACUGAGCUGGCUAGUGUGUGGUGGUAUAGUGUAUUUUAUACCUUUUCCGCCGGAAUCGUUCUUGCCCUAGCUCGGACAUGCUCCGCUAUCAAAGCUAAGUUUGCAGAGUCGACUCUUCAAGAUUCUUGGAAAAGCUGCUCUGAGUGCCUAGGAAAGAUGAGCUCCCUUACUAAAUCUGCUGAGAUUGGCAGCCAGAGUCUCAACAAGGUUUUGUUCCUCCUUAUGCAGGCUCAGCAUGAUCCAUCUAUCAUCAACCCAGCCGCCGGUCAAGAUCACAGAUCACAGCCCCAGAGCCAGGACCUCCAUUGCGAAGCGUCAGUGACUGACCUACCUGUGCCUUCUGCGAUGGACUUCGGGGAAGCUCUUGGCGUGGAUGACGAACAGCGCUUUCUCGGUAUGCCGGGCUCGGACAUUUUCACCUAUCUUCUGGGAGAACCAGGUCUAGCUGGGUCAAUGAAUGAAACAAUGGGUGACGAGGUUUGGCCUACGGCACCUUUGUUUCUGUGAAAUCGAGAUAGAUAUUAACAUCGGUGUGGGAGGCUUUAAAGGACGCCUCGGGGACGCAUCUUAGCCUUUCGAGGCUGAC